AUGUCUGGUCGUCAAGGUGGUAAGGCUAAGCCUUUGAAGCAAAAGAAGAAGGAUCAAAGAGAUCUUGAUCCGGAAGAACUUGCUUUUAAAGAAAAGCAAAAACAGGACGCUGCAGCCAAAAAGGCCUUCAUGUCAAAUGUCAAAAGUGGUAAGCCAUUAGUCGGUGGUGGUAUCAAGAAAUCUGGCAAAAAAUGA